AUCGGAUGUCAUCUUUCAAAACCGGAUGGUGUUCGUGUAGAGGAAGUUUUGUUUUGCGAGUUUUCCGUCUGUCUCGACUGACUGGGGAUUCAGUUACUGCGCUGUAAAGAACACGAAAUGAUAUAAGUGUGAAUUGCAUUGCCUGUAACUGAUCAAUUGUUCAGGGAGAGAAUAAAAACCUGAACUGUUUGAAGCGGCGGAACUCUAACGUCAGCUACACUUCAGACUAACCGGAGAGCACCCUCCUGCUAAGCUAACGUUACCUAGCUUGUUAGCGCGGCUAGCUGUAGGCUCUGGUUUACGUUGUGUUGAAGGGGCUCUCCGAGCUUACGAAGCCAUGGGGAACCGGGGCAUGGAAGACCUGAUUCCCCUGAUCAACAAGCUUCAAGACGCGUUCAGCUCCAUUGGCCAGAGUUGCAAUUUAGACCUUCCUCAGAUUGCAGUGGUCGGUGGACAGAGCGCUGGAAAAAGCUCAGUCUUGGAAAAUUUUGUUGGCAGGGACUUCCUUCCACGUGGAUCAGGCAUCGUUACCCGCAGACCUCUCAUUUUGCAGCUGGUCCACAAUAAAGCAGAAUACGCUGAAUUCCUGCACUGCAAAGGAAAGAAGUUUGUGGAUUUUGAUGAAGUGCGGGCGGAAAUUGAGGCAGAGACCGACAGGAUAACAGGCUCCAACAAAGGCAUCUCUUCCAUCCCAAUUAACCUGAGAGUCUAUUCCCCAAAUGUACUGAACCUGACCCUGAUCGACCUUCCGGGAAUGACUAAAGUUGCCGUCGGAGACCAGCCCGUAGACAUCGAGCACCAGAUCAAGGACAUGCUGCUGCAGUUCAUCACCAAGGAGAGCUGUCUGAUCCUGGCCGUCACUCCUGCCAACACUGACCUGGCCAACUCCGACGCUCUGAAGAUCGCCAAGGAAGUGGACCCACAGGGUCUGCGUACCAUUGGUGUUAUAACAAAACUGGACCUGAUGGACGAAGGGACGGAUGCAAAGGACAUCCUAGAAAAUAAACUCCUCCCACUGCGUAGAGGCUACAUUGGUGUGGUGAACCGCAGUCAGAAAGACAUUGAUGGGAAGAAGGACAUCCGUGCUGCUCUGGCUGCAGAGAGGAAGUUCUUUCUGUCCCACCCUGGCUACAGACAUAUGGCAGAGCGUAUGGGAACACCACAUCUACAAAAGACACUUAACCAGCAAUUGACCAACCACAUCAGGGACACUCUGCCUGGUCUGCGCAGUAAGCUGCAGAGUCAGCUCCUCUCACUGGAGAAGGAGGUGGAGGAGUAUAAGAACUUCAGUCCAGAUGACCCAACACGCAAGACCAAGGCCUUGUUGCAGAUGGUUCAGCAGUUUGGUGUAGACUUUGAGAAGUGCAUUGAGGGCUCUGGGGACCAGGUGGACACCAAUGAGCUGUCGGGUGGUGCCAAGAUCAACCGCCUGUUCCAUGAACGCUUCCCCUUUGAACUGGUCAAGAUUGUGUUUGAUGAGAAAGAGCUUCGGCGAGAAAUCAGUCACGCAAUCAAGAACGUCCAUGGUGUCAGAACGGGGCUGUUCACUCCAGACCUGGCGUUUGAGGUCAUCGUGAAAAAGCAGAUCGUUAAGCUGAAAACGCCUUGUCUCAAAUGUAUCGAUCUGGUCAUUCAGGAGCUCAUCAACACAGUCAGGCAGUGCACCAACAAGCUAAAUUCUUACCCAAGACUGAGAGAGGAGACUGAGAGGAUUGUCACAACCUAUGUCAGAGAAAGAGAAGGGAAGACCAAGGACCAGGUUCUGCUGCUGAUCGACAUUGAGCUGUCCUACAUCAACACCAAUCAUGAGGACUUCAUAGGCUUUGCUAACCUUGACUACAGAAGGCUGGAUGAUGGUAGCCCCCCAGGGUACGGCAACAACAGUGCCCAGCAGAGGAACACAGCUGCAAACAAAAAGAGGGCCAUACCCAACCAGCUUGGCGGACUGGGAGAGGUCCACGAGGAGAAGGUGAUCAGGAAAGGCUGGCUAACCAUCAACAUCAGCAUCAUGAAAGGAGGAUCCAAGGAGUACUGGUUUGUCUUGACUGCAGAGUCCCUGUCCUGGUACAAAGAUGAGGAGGAGAAAGAAAAGAAGUAUAUGCUGCCCCUGGAUAACCUGAAGAUCAGAGACGUGGAGAAAGGCUUUAUGUCCACAAAGCACAUCUUUGCAAUCUUUAACACCGAACAAAGGAACGUGUACAAGGAUCUUCGCCAAGUAGAACUGACCUGUGAUACUCAAGAGGAUGUGGACAGCUGGAAAGCAUCCUUCCUCAGGGCAGGAGUAUAUCCGGAGAAGGACCAGGUGGAGAAUGAAGACGCUGCCCCUGCAGACACAUUCUCUAUGGACCCUCAGUUGGAGCGACAGGUGGAAACCAUCCGAAACCUGGUGGAUUCGUACAUCAGCAUCAUCAACAAAACCACCAGAGACCUCGUGCCCAAGACAAUCAUGCAUCUCAUGAUCAACAGUGCAAAGGAUUUCAUCCACUCAGAGCUAUUGGCCUAUCUCUACUCCUCUGGGGACCAGAACAGCCUCAUGGAGGAAUCCCAGGACCAGGCCCAACGUAGAGACGAAAUGUUGCGCAUGUAUCAUGCACUCAAGGAGGCACUGCUCAUUAUUGGCGACAUCAGCGCCAACACGAUCACCACCCCAGUUCCCCCACCCAUAAAUAACACCUGGAUCCAAGAAGCAAGCCCCACCCCUCAGCGCAGGCCAACUCCUACAGCUGCCGCAGCGGCCCCCAGCCGCCCGCCUGCUGUUCGUGGCCCAACACCAGGACCACCCCUGAACCCUUCCCCUGCCUUCGGAGCUCCGCUCAACCCCUCUCCGGCCUUCGGUGCACCACCCAUCCCAUCUCGCCCAGGCCCGCCCAUCAACGCUUUCAACAGCCACCAGGAUCCCUUCAGCGCACCCCCACUGAUCCCCUCCCGGCCAGCCCGUGUCCCACCCGGUGUACCCAGCCGAAGACCCCCUGGUGCUCCUUCUCAUCGGCCCACCAUUAUUCGCCCUGCUGAGCCCUCCCUCCUAGACUAGACCUGUGGCAUAGCCCACCUAAGUGUGUGUGUUUGUGUGUGGAUGUGUGUAUCUGCACACUAAAGGGCGGGGGCGGGGGCUCGAGAGGAGGGGCUGACUGAUAGCAGUGCAUAAUUUGCAUCGUCCGGCCACAUUAAUGUCUCUCUUCAUGCAAUGUAAAAAGCUGUUAAUGCCAUCUUUAUCAGUGCACAUGAAUGACAAAAAGCCCUUAACCACUUGAAUAUUACAUUUGACUGCAGUGUAAUACAAAAUAAACCCAGCUCACCUGUGGGAUGCAUUUAGCUUCUAUUGGUAGGAGAUGUAUCAAAUUCAGUUCAGUUCAGCUCUUUUUAUUGUAAAAAAAAUAAGUGUUUAUUUUCUUCUGACAAGGUUCCCAGCAGAAGCUCAUUAAAUAACUUAUUAUCUGUUACAGACUGGGUUUCCCCUCCCAUCCCUCCACCUUUUUAGAAUGGCUAAGACGCCCAAAUCUAGAUCUGUGUAAUACACACACACACUUAAACUGUUGUUAUGGUCUUCAGUUUCUAACUAAAACAAUAGUUAAUGAUUACUGUUGUUGUUGUUUUGGUGGUGUCGAUGAGUUCUGUUGCGUUUUUUUAUUUGAGUGACUUUGUCCUUUUUAAUGACGUCAUAAAUGUAGCAGGAAUCGCAAGAAAAGCAAAGCAUAAAAAGACACAGGGCAGGGUGCAUGAGAGAGUAGCUUCAGCCCCCCUUCAGUGAAUUGUCCUUCCACAAUAAAAAGAUGUCAGCCAGAUUGGCCAUUAUAAUCCAAGCACUUCUAGCCAUGUAGCCUUACCGCAAGUCAGUCAUAACGGGGAGGAUGUAGUCCGUUACAGAACACUAUGCACAAAAACCUAGGAGCCGGAGAGGGACAAGCUGAAGCUCGUCUGAAUUUUGUGAGAUGCUUUCUCUACAUUAAUUCUGAGUUUUUAAAGCCUUUAAUUAUAAUUCCUUUACUGUCAAUUGAACCCCAAAGAGACCUUCAGACUUCGGGUAGAUUUUGUUAAUUCCUGGAUUAACUGAUUCAUUUAGAGCCGAGCACAAAGUUCAGUUUCCUCUCAGAAGAUAACUCAGUGAAGCGGUGGGGCGUGUAGACGAGGACAUGAUUUAGAGUAUAAAGAUGGUAUUAAGCAUUUAGGAGUUGACGCAUCUCUUUGUGGGCUUAGUUCAAGACAUUUAUUACUGCUACGACUUCUGCUUCCGUGCAUUAAAAAUAUUGUAUAUAGCUGGCCUAUAAUGGGUAGUUAGCACUUGUAUCUCAUUUAAUCGCAGGGUUGAUGACAGAAAUAUGCCAUUGAUUCUAAUCAGAGCAAAGACAUGUUUAAACAUUGUCGUCAUAUUAAAGUCAUUUCGUAGUAAUCUAAUAGUAAUUCUUGGAUGUAGGGGAAAAGAGCUUGGUCAUCUCCUGAUACAUUAUUUAUAACCUGGGCAUUUGUCAUUUCUUGUGAUAUUUUUGGUUGCAAUUGUAUCAGCUGUACAUCUCAGUUCCCCCCAGCUUCUGGACUUUUAUUUGGGGUUCUGCUACAGGGAUUAGCUGUCUAAAUGUGUGUGUCAUAUGUUGGGAGGGCACCUGGGGCCAGACAUUGUCUACACAGCUGUGAUUAUUUAAAUAAAUUUGUUGAUUGCUCCUAGAGGGUAUUUGACCAUUUAAAACCAAUUUAGGGAAAAACUAUUCAAGCGGGGCGUGAUGUUGGGCUGACGUUUGAUCACUGUUGGUGGUGAGCAGGUGGUGGUGGGAGUUGUGGUGUAUGAAAGCACACUCUGUCUAAAUAAGCUGUCUAGACAUUUUUGUUAUCAGCACAGAGCAUAGACACUUAAUUAGCCAACAAGACAAAGAAACUGCAAAGAAUUUAAAUUGUACCAAACAACGGACUUAUGAGACAGAGUGUACUUUUUUUUCUCUACAGGUCUGGCUUUCAAUGACAGUGCCACAGGGAUUAAAAUGAGCUUCUAACACAGCCAAAUCUUUAAUUUGAAGACCCUUUAUAUGGUAUCUUACCCAAACCCCUGGUACACAAAAAUUAGCUCAUGUGAUGAAACUUCUUUUUGGCCAUACGUUUGUUGAAGUCCCCUUGUCACUUCAGCCUGCCCUUGAGAAGCCCAGACUGUAAUGCUCUGUAAUACAUUCAGUUGUGGUAAUACUGCCUUCUUCCUAAUGGAUGUAGCCUGCCUCCUUCCUCUUUCCCUCCCCUCCCCUGGCUAGGUCUGGUGGGAGGGGUUGGAGACCAACCUGUAAAAAUCACUUUUUUUUUCCUUCUUUUUUUUUUGCAAAUCCUUGUCAAGUGCCUCUGUAGCAAUGAAUUGAUUUGAAUAAACAACAUGGACUGAUUUAGGAUGAAGAAUAAAUAAAGAGGUGUUGUGUACAAUAAAGGGACUGGUUCUGGUG